AUGUCAGCCGAGACGUUCCAAGUGGGGAAUCGGAACUCGAUUGCAACUCCAAGUGGAUCAAAAGUAGAAAACUGGCACUCCAUCAUUCGACAGGGAUUAGUGGUGGCGUCUGACACAGAAAAGCAGGUUAAUGGAGCAAUUUAUGGAAAAGGAAUUUAUUUGAGUCCAUCCGUGAGUGUUUCGUCAAAAUAUUCAGGAAUCGGCUACAGUGUAUACAAUCCAGACAUGUGCAAGUCAACCUCUAGGUUCUUGACAAGUGAUAGCAUCACCUGCAUAGCUCUUUGUGAAGUAAUAACAUCUCCAGAUCUGAAAAAGCAUGGUGACAUUUGGGUGUGUCCAAAAGACUGUCAUGUCUGCACAAGAUUCUUCUUUGUGCAUGAAGAGGACCAGGUGGGUUAUAUCGAUGUGCAUACUCAAGAUCAAAAGUACAAGGAGGAAAUUUCUAAAGCAGUCGGCUACCAUAAGCACACUGUCAGGUGAAAAUGUAACUUGCCAAAUAUGUUGAAUUGGCCGUUAACUGUGUUUAACUGGGACAUUGAUCUUGCAUUCAAGUCUUUUAAAGUUGCAGAUCUUGCAGUUUAAAUCAAUGAAAAUGGACACUAAGUUGGGUUAAUUUAUAAAAAAUAUAACACAUAUCAAUAAAGACCCUAGUUUCAACCCACGAAAAUGAACACUAAGUUUGGUUAAUUUAUAAAAAAUGUAACACAUAUCAAUAAAGACCCUAGUUUCAACCUAUGAAAAUGGACACUAAGUUGGGUUAAUUUAUAAAAAAUGAAAGACAUUUGAAUAAAGACCCUAAUGUAAACUCACUGGCUACCAGCGGAAUUUGCUAUUUAUCAAACAUAAUCAAACAACCAGAAAUUAUGCUAAACAAAUUGACAUAAUAAUUUCAGACUUCAUUUGGUCUUAUAGAAAACAUUUUAUAUCAAGAGAGCAACUUCUUCAACUACCUAGGUGGGUUGGGAGUUGUAAAUGUUUGAUUAAAAAUUAACACUCAAAGAAUUAAAUUCAUAACACGGUCACUCAGGUUAGAGGGAUCGAUGGGCUUUGGAAAUCACUAGCCGGUUACUUUUUAAACCAGUAUAAAAAUGUAAAUAUCGAAAGAUAUGCUUGUAAUGUAACAUUAUCAACAGAAAACAGGGCCCUAUUUCACAAAACAUCGUAAGUUACGUCUGCUACUAGCAGUUACACCGGCCGUGCGUUUACACGUGUUUGGCAUCAAUUUCACGCAGAAACUUACAUCAUUACGAAGGCUGGAGUAUUUUAAAGACAAAAGAAAAUGAAAUAUGGGCUCUUCUAACUAUAUUUGUUGAACUAUAAUAGUAAUAAGAAUCGUAGAUUUACGUUUACGUUCAAAACGUAACUUACGAUGUUUAGUGAAAUAGGCUCCUGAACUUCAGAUCAAUGCUGAACAUUUACAAACAAAUGUUACUAGCUUGGACAGACUUGGACUUGAAGGGAUGUACCCUAGUUUUUAAACACUAAGGCAUAUAUUUUACUAUUAGAACUGAAAUCAUACUUUAUUUAGAUUUUAUUGUUUAGUUUAUCCAUUUCCAUACAUUCAAAGAGUUUUUGG